AAAAGAUCCAAUGCACGCUAAUAAGCUUUCGAUUUCCUGGUUCUCUCUUUUCCAUGGUCACUCUUUUCAAUUCGCGUCUCCUCUGGUUCCCGCCCCUCGCUUUCCCGGGCUUCUCCAGAAUCAGAGGAAGAAGGGGGAAAUUAGGGUUAGGGUUGAAGUUAGGUCACGAGUGUUGCAGAAGAAGAAUGGCGUAUUCCGCAUCCGUGAAGGCGUGUUCCUCAUCAGUGAAGGUGAGGGACCAUGUUGAGUUGAGCGAGAAAGAGAGGAAAAUCUUCGAUGUAUUGCUCAAUGUCGUCAAGCAUUUCAACCUUCAAACACAGCUCAGAGUUGCAGGAGGUUGGGUUCGCGAUAAGCUUUUGGGAAGGGACUGUUACGAUAUAGAUCUCGCGUUAGACAACAUGCUGGGUAAGGAAUUUGGUGAUAAGGUUUAUGAGUACCUUGUGGAAUCUGGGGAAGAAAGCAAAGAACCUCAUAUUAUCAAAAGCAACCCGGAUCAAUCAAAACACUUGGAAACUGCAAAGAUGCGUAUAUGUGAUACUGAGAUUGAUUUUGUCAACUUGAGAUCUGAGACUUAUGUUGAGAAUAGCCGCAUUCCUACUAUGAAGUUUGGUACUGCUGUUGAAGAUGCAUAUCGGCGGGAUUUAACCAUUAACAGCUUAUUCUACAACAUUAAUACUAACUCUGUUGAGGAUUUAACUGGACGAGGUAUUGCUGACUUGAAAGCUGGAAUGAUUGUAACUCCUUUGCCCCCCAAAGCUACAUUCUUGGAUGAUCCACUUAGAGUUCUUAGAGCAAUUCGUUUUGGUGCGAGGUUUGAAUUUGUCCUCCAUGAUGAUCUUAAAAAGGCAGCAAGUAAUGAAGAAGUAAAAGCGGCACUUGCAGAAAAAAUCAGUAGAGAGCGGAUUGGCCAUGAAGUUGAUCUCAUGGUAUCUGGAAACCAGCCUGUUACUGCAAUGACCUACAUCUGUGAUUUGCAGUUAUUUUGGAUUGUCUUUAGUCUCCCUAUUAACCAUGAACCUGUGGUAAAGGAGGAUUUUGACAGGCUUUGUAUUGCUUUUAUGAAUGCUGCCUGGAAUGUUCUACAACAAAUUGGAUACUCAACAUUCAAUGAUGACCAAAGAAGGUUGUUGCUCUAUGCAUCACUGUUUCUUCCUUUAAGGGAAUCAAAUUAUAUGGUGAAAAAAUCCAAGAAGGUUCCUGUUGUGAAUAAUAUCUUUCACAAUUCUCUGAAACUUAAAGCAUCUUAUGCUGACAUGGUUAUAAGCUUACACACUGCAGCAGAGAGAUUCACUGGCUUGAUUCCUUUGUUAACAUCAAAUGAGGACUUCCAGGACGGCACUUCAGCAUUGGAUGAAGAGUUUAUCACUGCACCUUUGGCUUCGAGGAGGAGAAUAUUUGCAGGUUUGAUCUUGAGGGAUAUCAAAGAGUACUGGCGAGCUGCUUUAUUGAUAUCAACUUUGCUGAGGUGCACUGUUCCUGAUUGCACCAGAUCUUCUAUUGAUGGAUACUCUGAAGUGGAUCAAAGAGUUGCCUUAUAUAGGAGGAUUGAGGAAUCUAUUGUUGAGCUUGGUCUUGAGAAUGUGUGGGAAGUGAAACCGUUGGUGGAUGGAAAAGCUAUCAUGGAAGUCUUGAGGUUUAAAACUGGGGGCCCCCAAGUUAGGGAAUGGCAAGGAAGGGUGGUAAAAUGGCAGCUUGCCCAUCCAUCCGCUACACAUGAAGAAUGCCUUGAGUGGCUUCAGCAAUCCAAUGCAAAACGUGCCAAGCUCAAUUGAUGUGAUCCUUUGGCCAUUUGGAUUUCUCCAUCAUGUAAAUUACAUCGACAUUGCUCAGAGAAACGGUACAGAGAAUUGAGGUGCAGUUUUUCCAGCUAUUGCACCUAUUUAUUCGUGCCACUUGAUUUGGUGCGUCCAAGUUCCUGGCUACACAUGCUGCUCAUCACUUGUCAUCCAAGGAGCAAGAAAUUUUGUUUGAUUUUGGGAUUGCGUGGCCAUGGAAGUCUGGCCUUCCCAAAGUAGGUGGCCGCUUCCAUGGCUCCACAUGGAAGCUACCACUUCCACUUUAUAAUGCAAGUUGUGCUGCAAUAUUGGGAAGUGCUACAGAUUCUGCAAGCGGCGGUUCUCCCAGAAGCCAAUUGUGCCCUCAUUCUUGAGGCUUCUUAGUUCAAACUUUGGUUUUUCUUUUGUUCUGGCUUGGAUUUGCACUAAUCUUAUUAGGGAAGCCUUUAUGAUAGUUUGAUAGCGAAUAUAUAAUAUAUCCCCUAUACCUGCAUGUGCUCUGGUUCUGGCUCCCAAAUGAUUCGUGCAUUGAUCACACCUUAUCAUACAUAUUGGUCUUUGUUCUA